ACAAACAUAGGCCAGGCCUAUAGAAUUCUUAAAAUGGAAAGCCAAGUUAUGGAAACAAGAGCGCCAACUCCCGUUCCAAUAUUAUGGUUUGAAUUUUUGUUGAAUCAGGAUCAACUAAAGAAACAUUUAUCUGAGCCUGGUUCAGAUCCCAGUGCUUCACAAUUGUUGAUGCAAUUUGUAGACCAGUCGAUUAAAGCACAGAGUAGUUUAGAAACUUCUGUACAAGUCAAAAAAGUGAGAGAUCUAAAGAUUCUUGCAUUGAAGGUUGCUGCUCAUAUGAAAUGGAAUCUCAGUCUUAUUCAACAAAGCUUGCCUUUGUACAUGGUGCACAAAUUACUAAAGGAUUUUAUGGAGAUAGUGUCAAAUCCAGAAUUAAAGCAACAUGUGGUGACCAGUAAUGACCUCUUGGAUGACCAUAUUAUGAUGGCUUUUAUGCUGUUUAACAGGUGGUCAGUAAGAGUGAUAAUUGAGAGUAGCUAUCCAACAAAGCCACCGAAAGUAACAGGACCACAAGCUCCAAAUGGAAAUGCUUCAUUGAAUGUUGCUGGGAUAAAUGACAUGGUGAUAAAAACUGUUUGUGAUAUGACUAACGAGAGCAUUCUGUUUAUGGAAAACAGCUUAUCAAUGACCCGUGACAUCACGCUCCCAACCUUUGACACUAUACACAAACUUGCAUAUGAGUUUCAAGCUUUCCUUGGCACUCCUAUUGAGAACCAACAGCGCAUCUCAAAUGCAGAGUUCAUGCAGCAGCUCUGCUAUGACCUCGGGAGCUACUACUUUCACCGAGGGUUGGCUGAGAAGACAGCUGGUAUGCUGAAACGAGCUCUAGAACUAGAGCCACUGGUGCAUGAUCCUAUCUAUAGCGAUGUAAACAAACAGAAAAUGAAAGGUUUGUGUGCAGCAUGCAAUAUAGCCUUCAUGUCCCAGGAUUCCAAACCCAGUCUGGAGCAAAGACUAGCAACUAGUAGGAAAGAACAUUAUAAAGAUUUAGUUGAUAUACUUAUUGAAGAUAACCUUGUGAAGAAGAUAACUCUUCCAUAUAGACAGCUAAUCCAAAGUGAGAUUCUGAGCAAGCAGCCUACCAGUGAACUUUACUUCCAAGUCUGCACUUGUAAUGCAGUCCGGAAGAUAACAGACGGAAUGUCCGUCAGUCCACAAUACAUUGCACUACUCAAGACUGCCACCAAAGAGCAAAUGAACUUCUUCACAAUGGUUUGUUGGAAGGCUGUGCAAACUUCAGAUGAGAAAUUUAAAGAAAGGGUGAAAUUAUUCAUUAGAACUAUUUACACUUCCACGAAUGUUUUGAAAGCUAUCGGAUCAAGUGAACUGAAACAACUGUUCACCAAGGAGGAGUUUACAAAGCUUGUCGACCAGAUGGACAGCCAGUCACAGGCGCCGUUCUCGAUUAGAGCAAACACAGUUUUGCAACAGAAAGCAAACAAAGCUUUAUAUAUAGGUCAGAUAGAACAACAGCUUCUGAUAACCAAUCAGCACCAGCGAAUUCAGACGUUGCUGACCGAGUUACAUCGGGUUGCACCAAACAAACGCCACUCAAGUGUAUCAGAGUUGUGGAAAGUUGACAAGAGUUAUUCAUUCAUCAUCGAUGGAAUGGGAAACAAAAAGCUGCAAGACAUCGUGUUUCUGAUGUUGGUGAAAUCAAGGCACUGUCUACAAAUUAAGGAUUUUAAGACUGCAAGGGCACUGCUGAGCACGGCAUUUGAUGCUGUGAAAGACACCUCUUUAAAGCUAGGCAAGGCUAUUCAGCAUGAGAUUCUGCAUGUGGAAAUGUGUGCGCUAAAACUAGGCCAGCAGUCAGCUGUGGAGAAAAAUAGCAUGACCCACAAGGCUAUGGGUUGCCUAGGAACAAUGCAAAGUGAUCGUGACAUACCACCACGUCCAGAAAUAGUGGAGCGUUGUGUAUUAUACUUGUUGAACUAUGGAAUGUGGUUUACUGUUUUGAAUGUUAAGCAGAAACCACCAGUUGUCCAGCUUAGUCAGAUGUUAGCUGAAGUUUGCAAAGACCUUUCCAACAUCAACAGCUGCAGACGACAAGCUAAAGCAUUGUGGGAAGCAUUUGUUCUAGUGUUCAGUGGCUCAAACCAGUUAAAAAGAAGUGCAAACGGUAAACCAGUAGCUAACAAGAUGCCUGGACAAGCCCUGAUGUGUAGAUCAGAGUUCUUAAGUUUCAUUCAACUAAUUGAAGAACCAACGUGCAUGGGUGUCAUAGCAUCAUGUCUCAUCAAGCUACAUAAUGUUCUCAAAGAUGAUGCUGGCAAUGAGAUUUACCAUCAGUACCCCAACUUAUGGCCAACAACCAUUACAAAUGUAAGUUCAGUUAUUAUUGAUGCAGUGACAGCAGCAAUGACACAGUAUGUCCAGCACAUUAUUACCCACAAUCCUCAUCAGUCUUCAUGGUUGAAAUCACAGGCAGACAUUUAUUAUGGUGACAGUCAGCAUGCCGCUGCUAUCAAGUUCUACUUGCAGUCUGCAAUGUUGCCUAGCAACUUUUUCACAUCACCAGUUCCCAAGCAACUGUGGGACGAGGAGGUGUAUCGACGAAUCAUCAAAUGCUGCUCGUAUUUGAAGUGUCAUACGCAGGUAGCUGUACUCUGUCAGUUUCUGGAGCCUAUAGACCAUCCAACAGCCUUCAAGGCAUUGCAAGAAAGGAUAUGCUACGAUGCCAUGGAUCACCUUUACCACUGCUUCUGGGAUAUGGGAAUACUUGAGUAUUUAAUCUAUAUCUUGAACAAAAGGAAUGAAUUGGUGAAGAAACGCAAAGCGGUGGAUGUGAUUGGACAGGUAGAACUCAACACAUGUAAUUCAUCAGAGAUAUUAACUGAAGUAAUCAAAAAGAGGAAAACAAUGAUGCUCCAAUCAAUGUCAAAACAGUAUUUAUAAUGCACAGUAAAUCCUGACACAUGCUCUUGAACUCAGUAAUGAUGACAUCUUUAAUCAGAUGCAGAAUGACAUCAGUGGUGCUGAAAUAAAGACUUUAAACUCUCAGAUACAAAAUAAGUUGCAUAAACAAAAUAAAGUCAAUGCAAACAUGAAAACAGAAACUGGAUUAAUUGGAUAAAUGAUUUACAGUAUGCUCAAACAUAAUGAGUGUCUUGUAUAUAUAGCCUGGGUUAAUUUGGUAUUAAAUCAUCAUAAGUGAACAAAGUAAUGAUUAUGGCGCUUUACCAAAGUGAAUAUAGCAAACUUAAGGCAAAAAUAUUUUGUUUACAAUGCUUUAAAUGAAAAGCUUUUGUUCCAGCUGCAGUAAUAAUGAGCUUUCGAUUUGUGCGACGACGUGACGCUAGAACAUUAUCACUCAUGCGUGACCGUCCUACCUAGCGUCCUACGUUCUCUGCAUACGUAGAUUUGGCAAAAUUGCGUUCCAGAAUCUACUCGACGAGGUGACCUUAGCGUUCUCGCAUGCGCAGAUGAAUUUUAGUGACGUCAUUACGUUCUACGUCCUACCGUCGUCGUAAAAUCGAAAGCUCCCUAAUUACUCAAAUCAAGACGUCAUUGGGAGCCCUUGUUACCCUGGUAACUCUGUCUCAGGUCGUCGUUGCCGCCACUGCCGUCAUUAUUAUUACCAUUGAUAUUAUUGUUAUUGUUAUUAUAAUUAUUUUAAUUGUCAUUACUAUUGCUUAUUUUGUAUGGAAACUUGUGUCUUAGAAAACAUGCCAGAGACGGACUUAUGGCAAAACAUCAAAAGUUCUAAUUUUCUUCCAUAAAAAGAGGAAUAGAGUAAUCAAUAAAACCAUGAAAAGUCGUUUUUAUUUAAAACAUUAUGGAAAUGAAUAAAAAAUACGGUAAUGUAA